GAUGACACUCCGCUAAUCCAGUGCGUUCAGACGGAGCCGUCGCGACGAAAACAAACAGAGAGAAAACUAAACCCAGCACAAAAGAAACGCUCGCGCUUUUAAUUCGCUCGUUUUGAAAGUCCGCCGGACGCGUUUUUCUUCUCCUCGUCAGCAUGAAAGCAAUAAGUCCGGUCCGGUCGCUGCGGAAAGGCGGCGCGGGGACCCCGGAGCCCGCUCUCGGCAUCUCGCGCAGCAAGACUCCCGCGGACGACCCGCUCAGCCUGCUGUACAACAUGAACGACUGCUACUCCAAGCUGAAGGAGCUCGUGCCCAGCAUCCCGCAGAACAAGAACGUGAGCAAGAUGGAGAUCCUGCAGCACGUCAUCGACUACAUCCUGGACCUGCAGAUCGCGCUCGACUCCUCGCACUCCGCCAUGAGCAGCAGCCUGCGGCCCGGACACGGCGCGGCCAGGAGCCCGCUGACCACCCUCAACACGGACAUCAGCAUCCUCUCCCUACAGACACCAGAAUUCCCGUCAGACUUGAUUACAGAGGACAGCAGGACACUCUACCGUUAAUCAGGUGUUUGGUUAAGACGUGAACACACAGGACCUGGGAACUGACCCCCCACCCCCUCCACAACCCACCUCCACCUCCACAACCCACACCACCACCUCCACCACCCAGACGUUCGAUUUCUGUUCCCAGCCUGGAGUUCUGCCCCACCACUCCCUCUUCUCUCUCUGUCCCCAUUCCAUCAUCUGAAUCAAGACUUUGCUUCUAAAGGACAAUCUAUGUGAUGUGUUAUAAAGUCCGGACAUUGAUUUGAUUAUUUAUCUUAAAAGACUCGUUCAAGUCUUUUCUUCAUGAGGAAGAAGAAGAAGCAGCACUAUUUUCCCGUAAAUCCGUAAACGGGAGGGGAAAAAAAAACACAGAAUGGAGAAAGGAGGAGAAAAAGGUCGAGUCAAAAGAAGACCCCUUAUUUUUCCUCGGAAGCGAGAAGUCUUCGCUUUUUUCGUGAAGAUGCCGUGUGAAGAAGACGACGUGCUUUAGUUGCUGUACAAAGUUUAGUCUGUUUUUAUUUUUCGUCAAGCAGCGUUCGUCAUUCUGUUGAUUUUCUUUUUUGGCACAUGAAGGACUGGACGUUGAGUGUGACAUAAGCGCGUGAACCCCUUUUUGUGAACUCUUUGAGAGUCGUUAUCUUGUAUAGUUGCAGAUUUGGGACUACCAAGCUGCAAAGUGUUAUGCUGUACUUAAUUAUGCUGAAACUUUUUAUAAAAGUAAUUGUAAAUCGUACCUUUUUUAUAUAAAAAAAAUAAAUCAAAUGCUUUAUUUGAA